CAGUCUUCGCAAAUCACAAGACUAUUCAACGGUUCGACCCAUCGUCCACCUUUCUCUCCCAACGAGUUGACCCCUCAAAGAUAAUCGUCAACAACUGAUCAAUUAUGGCUGCCACUAACCCUCUUCCUUUAUCUUCCCCUCAAAUUUAGUCAUCCUCCGUUUCCCUUCAUCGGAAUCCACCGUCAAAUCCAAUUCCCUUCCACACCUUCUUUCUCGAUUUCACAAACUCUAUGGACCAUUCACGUUCUGCUCACGCUUCAGCUGACGGAAGCAUUAGGAUGAUGCAAACUCAUGGCGGAAAGUAUGUACAGUAUAACGUCUAUGGGAACCUUUUUGAGGUUAGUAAGAAGUACGUUCCACCUAUUCGACCCGUCGGUCGUGGCGCCUAUGGCAUUGUCUGUGCUGCUGGGAACUCAGAGACAGGUGAACAAGUAGCAAUCAAAAAGAUUGGAAAUGCAUUUGACAAUAGAAUAGAUGCUAAAAGGACCUUGCGAGAAAUAAAGCUUCUUUGUCACAUGGAUCAUGAAAAUAUUAUUGCAAUCAAAGAAAUUAUACAGCCUCCACUGAAGGAAAAUUUCAACGAUGUUUACAUUGUCUACGAGUUGAUGGACACUGAUCUACACCAUAUUAUUUCCUCCAGUCAGCCAUUAACUGAUGAUCAUUGUCGGUACUUCCUUUAUCAAAUCUUACGAGGACUCAAGUAUGUUCAUUCAGCAAACGUGUUGCAUCGCGAUCUGAAACCGAGCAAUCUUUUCCUAAACGCAAGUUGUGACCUGAAGAUUGGAGACUUUGGUCUUGCGAGAACAACAUCCGAAACAGAUUUCAUGACAGAGUAUGUGGUCACUCGCUGGUACAGAGCUCCGGAGCUUCUUCUUAAUUGCUCGGAGUAUACUGGUGCUAUCGACAUCUGGUCAGUUGGUUGCAUACUUGGUGAAAUUGUGACCAGAAAGCCCCUCUUCCCUGGCAGAGACUAUGUUCAUCAACUCAAACUUAUAACUGAGCUUAUAGGUACACCCGAUGAUGAUAGCCUCGGUUUCCUCCGAAGUGAUAAUGCAAGAAGAUAUGUUAGACAGCUUCCUCAGUACCCGAGGCAGCAAUUCUCUGUUAAAUUCCCUAAUAUGUCCCCAGGUGCGGUGAAUUUGCUCGAGAAGAUGUUGGUCUUUGACCCAAACAAACGUAUAACAGUUGACGAGGCACUUUGUCAUCCAUACUUGGCACCUCUUCAUGAUAUAAAUGAAGAGCCUGUUUGCAGUCAACCAUUUGUUUUCGAUUUUGAGCAGCCUUCGUUUACAGAAGAGAAUAUUAAGGAGCUCAUAUGGAGGGAAACCUUGAGGUUCAAUCCAGAUCGUCGUCAGUAAUAAUACUAAUAACACUUGUUGUUGUUAGUUUGUGUUGUUGUUGAGUGAGGUUGUGAUUUAGAUGUUUCUUCUAAGUUAGUAACGGGGACACCUUUUUUAUGUCAAAGUAUCUCAUCUAUCAAUUUAUUUCUUGUUCAAAGUGUUUCUAAUUGAGACCCAUAUUCAAAAAGUUAAGUUACUGAUGAGAUGGUUGGAUAAUCCCACUAAUGAUGUAUGCUUAUUUGUUGUUGUAAAGUUGUUGUGUAAUAAAUAUUGUAUUAAAGACUAUUUUAAAAUAUAAAGUAUUAAGGUAUU